AUGCCAAAAAAAGGUUCAUCCAAGCCAUCCACUCUAAUGUUGGAGGAUCCAGUUAUAGAAAAGGAGAUAAAACCAUCUUCCAGACCCAAAAAAACAGGUAGCGAGAUUGAUGAGAUCUUUGCUGGAAGGAAGAGAAAGAAGUCAGCACAACAAAAGGCUAAGAAACCAGCUGAAGGUGAGGCAGGUAAUGAAGAUAGGAUUAAGAAAAAAAUGAAUAAGAAGAAGAAGAAGAAAAUUGAAGGUCCUAAAGAUAGUGGGUUGGUAGACCGGUCUUCUCUGCCUAGGAAGAAGAAGACAGGUGAUGGGCUUGCCAUUUAUACAGAGGAGGAGUUAGGGAUUGGAAGGGAAGAUGCUGGAGGAUUGAUCGAGUGCCAAAGAUGGAAAAAGUAUUUGAGAAAACUUUCAAAGGUGAGUGAUCCUAAUGAGUAA